AAGUACUUUUCGCAGGGGGAGUGGGAGAAAGCCAUCACCUGCUUUACCAAAGCCCUGAACUUGGACCCUGACAAGGUAAGCCAGGGGGAACAGAACUGAGUAGACCUGGAGAAUGGUCUGCAGGGACAUGAGGAAGCUCCGCAGGGCUGGGACUGGGCUGAGUGUGGAGGGGAGACCCCUGGAAAGCACAUGAAGCCACCUUUUGUCCUGCAACGGGAGAUCAUCCAUAGGGGCACGCGAAGCCACCCACCCAUCUGCAAGCCAACACCCAGGUGCCACGGGUUAAGGGCAUUUGACAUGUAAUUGCAGAGUGCUGUUGGCAGCGGGGCAGGAUUCUGAUUUCACGAAGUGGGUAUCCCCCACGGGAUAUCGAGCCAGCGUGACAUGACAUUUUCUGCAUGUGACUAAGGAGCUUCCUUAGGGCGGCAUGUCCCUUAGUUUAUUAAAAAUAACUCAUGAAGGGCCCCUGAUCUGGAGCAGGCCUGCUCUACCCCUUCGUUCCACCCUGCAUUGUUGCCUCGCUGGAAACGUCUCUCCACGCCGGAUUUUUGGAAGCAAAGCGACCUCUGAGUGUGUAAGGAUUGUGGCGGUGCAUCAGAUUUGAUCUUCAGAGGCUGCCUGGCCCGGAGGCGCUUUGCAGAGUAGUAGCCAGGAGAGGCAGCUGGCUGGGCCGAUGCCAAGGCCCACAUGCCAGCAGUGGGGCCACCCAUGCUUGGCUGCUUCUGCCUUCUCAGUUGUCCGCUCUGUGUGGGGGUGAGAGAGAAGCAGGGCAGCAUCUCCCCCUUGCUUGGCACUCCGCUGGGCGAGUGAUAGGGCAUUCAAUGACGGGACCGGCGGCCUGCGCUGCACCCGAGAGCCCCUCAAACCUGGGGUCACGUCUUUGCGCAGGGCAGGUAUCCCUCUAGCUAGGAAAAGAGAGAUGCUCCCCGAUGCCUUCCUGCUUUUUCCUACCUUGUUUGGAGGGCGUGCAAAAGAGGAGGAGCCCUUCGGCCGAGGCACAGGCUUUUCCGAGGGCCUCCCUGGACUGUGUUCUGCAGGUGGAGCUGUACGAGCGGAAGGCGGAAGCUCUGCUCCAGCUCUGCGACUUCCAGUCGGCUGCGAUGCACCUCCGGAAGGCCUACUUCAUGUCUUCGAGGAAGGAGAGCAUCGGGGCCCAGCUUGCCUUCAUUUUUCACCUGCAGGGCCAGUGUCUGUACGAGCAGCACCUCUUUCUGGAUGCCCUGGGAUCCUUCAUGCGCGCCUCGGAAUUGCAACCUCAGAAUGCCCUCUAUCGCAUGAGAAGCAUCGCGUGUCUCGCCUCCAUGAAUAGAUACAACGAUUGUCUUCAGAUGGUCAAUGAGGAGGUGGCCCGUGAGGAGAAGAACGCCGAUCUCUUUGUCCUGAGGGCUCGACUCUAUGAAUAUUUUGGGAAGACUAACCUCACCUAUUUCAACCUCCAAAACGCCCUUGAGUUGGAUCCGGCGCAUGGAGAAGCUCAAGUCCUGCUGGCUCAUUUGAGGACGGAGGGUCAGAAGUUCAGGGACCAAGCCGUGAACAAGGCCGUGAAGGGGAACUUGAAGGCAGCGUUCCUGAAAAUCAGCCGUGCCAUCUGCUGCAACCCCGUGGAUGCAAGCUAUUUCUUGUUCAGAGGGAACAUGCUGAGGAGGCUGAAGGACUUCAGCACGGCCAUCGACGACUACCUGAAAGCCGCGCACCUCUGCAGCGGGGGGGAGGAGGGCCACGCGGUGCGGGCCGAGGCCCAGAAGCAGCUCCUGCUCACGUACAAUGACUUUGCGGUGCACUGUUACGGCAACGGCUGCUACGAAGAGGCCGUGCUGCUGCUCAACAAAGCCCUCAAGGCGGAGAAAGGCGAGAAGGGACUGUACAGCAACAGAGGAGACUGCUUCCUUAAACUGGGCGAGCUGAACUUCGCGAUGGCGGAUUACCAGCAGGCCUUGGAGCUGAGGCCCCGCGACCCCCAGCUGCAGAAGCGAGUCGCGCGGCUGUACAACGAGAUGGGGCUGCAGGAAUUCCGGGAGAGGAGAUACCCACAGGCCGAGUCGUAUUUCUCCCAAGCAGUGGAGAACAACCCCCGUGAGAUUCAGUACUACCUGCACCGAGCCAAGAGCCGCAUGUUCAUGCAGGAGGAGCUGGGGGCCAAGGAAGACUUGAUCACCGCCCUGCUGCUCGACCCCACAAGGCUGGAUGUCCACAGUCUGGCUGAAAAACUUUUUCCAGGAGAGCCUGUUCAGACUCUCCUCAACAGUAAAGUCGGAGAACUGGCCAAAGCGCUUCUGGGACGGAGGCUGGCAUCCUGUCCGGCGUGUGAGGCGUUGGCGCAGCGGUUCAGGAGUCAGACCCUGGUGUCCCAAGAAACCGAGCCAGCCAGCAACACGUUCAUUGAAAACGACGACUGGGAGAAGCCUGCUGAGAAGGCAGAGGUAAAGCCGCAGGCUUCUGAAGAGAAGCAGCUGCAGGAGAGGCUAGCCGCCUGUCGGAAGAAGUCUCAUGCAACGGACAGUGAACUAAAAGACGCACGAGAGAAGGGAAUGUCUCUGGCUUCUCGUAUGGUCCAUCUGGCCUCAAACCCACACCUGCCUGAAAAGGAGCCCUUGGAAGAACCUCACCAGUGGAGGAAUUUCAGUCAAGGCAUCGCUCACUUUUAGUCACCGAGCAACCCUGUGUUUGGAUGCAAAGGCUGCAUUAAAGAAAAAGGGAAAAAAACGACAUUUUGGGCCUCUGUAACUGAGGACGUCCAUCCCUCCAGGCUGGUACACUUGUUGUCGAAGGCAUCCUGUCCCAAAGGUUUAUAAAACUGCCACUUAUUUCAAACUGUAUGUUGCAAACUGCCAAUUUAGUAGAACAUUGCUUCCUUUUUGGUUUGCUUGGUAGACAUUCGGGAAGCCUGCCUUUUUUUUUUUUUUUUUGGUGCUUUCUGUGCAGAGAUGGAUGUGCACUGAACUGGCUGGAAGACCAAGUACAUUCUACAGCUGGCAGUUCUGGCAAGCACCGCAUCUUUCUCAGCCCCCCUCAGAAGUCCCCCUUUAGUACCACAAGGAAGAUCUUUCCCAGGAAGAACCCCGUGUAACUGCCAAGGUCCACGUGGCCUGUCGUGAAGAAAUCGGCAGCAAAUUAACACAGAUUACCUAGCCUUCCAGAUACGUUGGGCUGCAACGGUCCAGCAUGUUCGGAGGACGCCAGGUCAGAGAAGGCCAAAAUGGUGUGUGUUCCUGUCAUGAAAUUGUGCUAUUUGGGCAAACUAGGAAAGCAGCUGCCUCCUUUUGUGGUCCUUUUGUGUGUCCGCUUCUACUGUAUUGUGCAGUCUGCACGAACCCCUACGAACUGAUUCUUCUCUUGGCAUGUGAGGUCCUGUUUGCCCAACUGGGAUGAAUUCUAACUGCCUUCACCCCCUGCAGCUGCUAUGCUGUACUGACGCUGCAGUUAAGCGUUAACCAAGGUCCUUUUGAGGAGCUGCAGCCCUAAACUGGGCAGUAUUGAAGGCCUUGCUUCCCUCAAGAUGCAGACGCUCACCUGUGGCUUUACCUCUGGACGAUUAACACAUUUUCAAAAGACUCUUACAAGGAGCCUAAAUGAGACACUCGGAUCACCUGGGGCUGCCCAUUCUGACUCGGUUCUAAACUUGCCCCCUGCUGCAGUUUCCACAGGCCCCCGAGUCUCCGUGAGACACACGUUUUCACGUUUUUAUUUAAAAUAAAACAAGCUUUUGAGGACUUGA